GAGAUGUUUAUAUUCCCUUCAUGAUGACUUGUAAGAUGAAAUUAAAACCGGUUCAUAUUAAGAUUGGAGGCAAAUCUUCAAAAAUUAAAAAUUGACGUCAGUGUGAGCAUAAUUCCCAAUCAAAUCGGUCGUUAUUCUGUGCGUAGCCGGAUCUUGCUGAAAAUGAACAAUAAUGCUGUGGAAAUGGAAGAUCAUCGGAAGAUCAAUAGGCAUCAGCGAGAAGAUGCUGAAAGGUUUUUGGAGGAUUUCAGUUAUUUGUUUAAGUGGAAUAGUGGGGAAUCCUUCAUUGAUCUCGGAUGUGGUCCUGGUGAUGUGACUCUCGACAUAAUUUGGCCACUUCUUCCGCGGGAAAGCCAUCGACUGGUUUGCCUAGACAUCUGUCCGGAUCAACUUGAUCGAUGUCGAGAGGAAAUGGCGGGAAAAGAAGUCAGCUUUGCCCAAGUUGAUCUGGGAAAGCGACAGGAUCUCAGUGAAUUGGGAAAGUUUGAUCAUGCAAUUUCUCUAAUGUGUUUGCACUGGAUCCGUGAUCAGAGGAUCGCGUUGGAAAAUAUCCAUGAUCUUUUGCGAUCUCAAGGGGAUUUCUUCUUCAGCUUCGUGGCUGAUUGCCCGAAUAGGAAGAUCGACGCUGUUCUGGUUGAGAGUGAAAAGUGGAAAGGACUUUUCAAUGGAAUUCCUUGUUUUUGUGACAUGUACUGGCGAUCGGAAGAUCCUGGGGAAUUGUUCAAGGACCUUUUGAGUGAAAUUGGAUUCGGGGAAAUUGUUGUAGAAACGCGAAAAGUUGUCUAUCAAUGGAAGACUUCGGAGGAAUUCAUCAGUUACUACAGAACAUUCAGCAGGCUCCUGAAGUUUGUCCCUUCGCAUCUAAUUCCUGAAUUCCUCAGUGAUCAAGUAGAUCUAGCAACAAAGUACAAUCUCCUGGCAUCACAACGCAAUCCCGAAGAUCCUGUCGAUCCGUACGUCAUUGUCGUAGGUUUUGCAAGAAAAAUUUAAUAAAAAAACACCUUGGUAAAAGC